AUGGGCGUCGACAGUGGCGAAGAAACUCAUGUAAACGAAGACGAAAAGAAGUUCGAAGACGAGAUAAACAAAGAGAUUUCGAAGCUAAAAUAUUUCUUGGAGGAAGCAGACGAAUUAAUCGAAAACAGGGUCUAUGCAGAGAUGGAUAUUUUGGACAAACGAGCUGGGAAAAUAAUCAACAAAUUGACGGACAUAAUAGCGCAAACAGAGGAAUUAAAACUUGACAAUGGUACGACGCCUCGGGCAGUGAGACAGUGGAAGAAAGACGUGAGAACUAAGUAUUUAUCGUUGGUCGAGGACAAAGAGAAAUUAACACGGGAAGUCAAACGUAGACAAGAUGAUUUAGAGCGCGAAUCUGAGCAACGGCAAACGGAAUUAGAGGAAAAACGACAACAACAACACGAGAGGCGAAUGGCGGAACUUCGUGAGAGACAAGAGGAGCACGAACGUAAAUUAUGGGAGGCGAAACUCGAAGCAGAGUUACAUAUGACGCAAGAAAAGAUGGAAAUAGAGAAAUCGGCUCGGGGGACGACAGCGAAAUUGCCCAAAUUGAAAAUUACACCAUUUAAAGGGACAGCUACGGACUGGGUACGUUUUGAAAAUAUAUUUUUGACACAAGUACACGGAAAACCGAUUACAGACGAGGAGAAAUUCGGAUAUUUGUUGGAGAUGGUAUGUCAAAAGGUUAGAGAUAAAAUUGCAAAUUUAAAACCAGGAGAGGUUGGAUAUAAAACAGCAUGGGACAGGUUAAAAAAGGAAUACGGACAGACUAAAUUAGUGGUAAAUGCUCUUGUAGAUGAGAUAAUUAAUCUGCCUGUUGUCAAGGGACACAAUUAGAUGAAAGUUCGAGAAUUUUACGAAGCAUUAAGUAGGAACUAUGAUGCGUUGUUAACACUGGGCGAAGCUGAUAUGCUGAAAGGGUUUGUCAUGACGACAGUGAAUAAAUUACCGCAAGUGAAGCCUGAUCUCGUAAGAACUGAUGACAACUGGGAGAAUUGGGACAUGGCAGCUCUUAUUGAUGAAAUCCGGAAGUGGCUGAGUCGACACAAGUUGGAUCCAGGAGAAACUCGAAAGGAAGGGUCUUGGUUUACAUCAAAGGGAAGUGGUAACGAAGUACAUACCGGUAAGCCAGUAACUCCUGUAUGUAUUUUCUGUACGAAAGAUCAUUGGGGAAGUGAUUGUAAGACAGUUGUAUCAUUGGAAGCAAGAAAAAAGUAUUUCGUAGAAAACCAGUUGUGUUUUAACUGUGGCCGAGCUGGACACAGAGCAAACAAGUGCCGCAGUCGAGGUUGUGUGAAAUGUAGGGCUAGGCAUCACUCUAGUCUCUGUGACCAGGAGAAUAAUACUGGUAACUCUGUAUUUACCGGAUAUACGUCACCAGUCGAAGGACAAACACCUCCACCAAUGAUCCCCGUUAAUAUAAAAGACACAACCCUGUGGGCUUACUUAGAUUCAGGAUCUAGCAGAAAUUUCAUAUCUAGUGAUGCUGCCAGAAAGUUGAAGUUGACCCCAGUCCGUCAUGAAACACGCCAGAUAGUCACAUUGAGUGGGACUACAAAACAGUCCUUGCCUAUUUUCGAAGUAACCAUGACAUCGCUUGAUGGUAAAACGAGGGAGAGUGUAGAGUUAACUGGCAGUAAGAUGUCUGAUUUUACAACAGUUCGACGUCCAAAAUUGAGUAAUUUAAAGUCAAAAUACGGACAUGCGGCUGAUAAGAGUUUCUACAUGAAGCAGAGUGAUGAGUACCAAAUACAUGUUAUUUUGGGGGACAGUACGUACUGUAGAAUUAAGACAGAAGAAGUUUUCAAGGGGGAUUCGGGUGAUCCCAUUGUUGAGGGUACUACAUUCGGGUGGACAAUCCAUGGUGGGGAGUUUCCAAGUGAUGGGUGUUGGUUUUCACAAGAGGAACAGGAUAGCCAACAACUUUAUAGCUUAGAUGUUCUAGGAGUGGAAGAUCGGGGUGAGAACGAUCAACUUGAUGUGCACAGAGAGUUUAAGGAGAACAUUGUUCAUGAUAUAAACGGGAGAUACGAGGUAAAAGUUCCUUGGAUUCCAGGGACACAGUUGAGUGAGACAAAUGAAACGCAGAGUAGAUUACGUUUGAAGCGAGUGGAGAGGAAACUUACAAGAUAAUGAUGACGGGAAGAUUACCAAGAGAGCAAUUCUUAGUAGAUUGGGAAGAGCCUAUGACCCAUUAGGAAUUAUUUCACCGACAAUGAUUGAGGGCAAGCGGAUUUAUCGUGAUUCAUGCGAGGAACAGAAAAGUUGGAAUACAGAAGUUUCCCCUGCACUCACAAGGCAGUGGAAUAAUUGGACAAAACAAUUGCGAGACAUUGAAGUCCCAAGGAGUUUGAUGCCAGCCGGUGAAACGAAAGCUAUCGAACUUCACUUGUUUACUGAUGCGAGUGCAUUGGCAUGCUCUACUGUGGCGAUGGCAGUGCAGUGGUUGAUCAAGACUCUAGAAAGUCAAAGGGGCUGUUAGCGUCAAAAUCUCAGUCCGCCGAAGAGUUCCAGAGGAAGUUGAAUUCGUUCAUUACACGAAAGACCAGACCACAACUGAUAGUGUCGGAUAACGCAGCCGUGUUCAAGGCAACCGCGAAUUGGAUCCGAAAGAUUCGGAAGGACGAGGUACUACAGAAUCACUUAGCAACCCAGGAGAUUCGUUGGAAGUUUAACCUAGCUAAGUCACCAUGGUGGGGUGGUAUGUACGAGAGAUUAAUCAGAGAGAUAAAGAAGACGUUGUACAAGACGUUGGGGAAGACGCACCUUUCCUUUGUACAACUCGAAGCUGUUGUUAUGGAUAUUGAAAGGCAUUUGAACAAUAGACCUUUAACGUACGUAGAGAGCGAUGGAGGUGAUGAAGAGGUGUUAACUCCAAAUUCGAUUGUGUGGGGACAGCAGUCCCACAUCUUGCAAGAUAUCGAAGUGGAAGACGAGGAACUUACGAAGUUCAAUCGAAGGCUAGUAAAGGCUAGAGAACACGCGUGGACUCGAUUACGAAAGGAGUACAUACACGGAUUGAUGGAAAGUCAUCGUAUUAACCGAGCGAAAUCACAAUCGCCGGAAGUUGGGGAGAUUGUUCUGAUCGUAGGGGAAGAGAGAAACCGUGGGUAAUGGAUGAAAGGCAAGGUGACGCGAAUCGUGAAGGGAGUAGAUGGAGUAGCGAGAGGAGUCGUAUUGUUGCAUAAGGGUAAUAGACUUGAACGGCCUCUCCAAGCGAUUUGCCCUUUGGAGAUUAAGAGCGUGACUGCAGAGACGGUGGAGAAGAAGAAGGAAGAACCGAUCAAGCCCGUUCCAGAGAGAAGAAAGGCUGCUGUCGAUGCGCAGGCCAAGAUACAGCAGUUAGCAAAGGACGAUGCUAUUUGA